AUGAUUUUGCUCGGCCUAGACUUCCUGCAUCAGGCGGGUGUGAUUCACACUGGUGAGCCAGGGCAAAAGCACACAGGUGACGUUAUGCCUGGUGUUUACCGGGCUCCGGAGAUUAUACUUGGCAUGGAAUGGGAUUCCAAAAUAGACAUUUGGUCUGUUGGAGUCAUGGUCUGGGAUCUAUUCGAGGGGGGGCGUCUUUUCCGUGCUGUAAGGGAUGGGCACCUGAACGACGAACAACACCUUGCGGAAAUGGUGUCUCUCAUGGGUCGACCACCAAGAGAGUUCUUAGAUCGGAGCACCAAAUGUCGUCAAUUCUGGGACUGUGAAGGUAACUGGAUCGCCGCCACUCCGAUUCCUGAACAAACUCUCGAGGGGCGCGAGAAGAAGUUGGAGGGCGAAGACAAGGACCUUUUACUUGCCUUUGUUCGUAAAAUACUGCGGUGGGACCCAAAGGAGCGGCCUUCGGCAGAGGAGCUCUUUGAGGACGAGUUUUUAACACAAUGGCAAAAAAGAGGGCAAAGUUAG